AUGUCAAUCACGCCUUUCGACCUACAUUCUCUUAUCCCUAUUGUUGCCCUCGAAGACUCUCAGCCGGCAAAUUCGCCUCAGUCUCCGGCACAGCAGCAGCAAGGCAUGACUACAUUCUUGCGCCGAUCCGAUAACAGGGGGACCAGCGGUACAGGAACUGUUGGAGUGCGUCUGGCUGGGGGAAUUGGGCGGGCGAAUCGAGAAAAUCCGAGAGUUACUAUUGAUUGUGUGGAAACUUGGAACAACAAUAUUUAUAUAGGCACAUCAGAUGGAAACCUUCUUCAUUACGUGCUUGAAGAUUUAGCGUUGCAAGAUACUAAUUUACCGAGAACGCGCUUGAUUUCUAAAAGGAAUCUAGGAUUUAAACAGAAGUUUAUAGAACGCAUUCUAUUAUUACCUCGGAUUAGGAAGGCAGUGAUAUUAUGUGGCAAGUACCAAAAUUCAACUCUAUCAUUGUAUUCUCUGCCGGAUAUGACUCCACUGCCUCCUAAUGCAUUUCCUCAGGUCAAGGACGUAACUUGUUUCUGUCAGAAUCUUGCCCUGGAAGGUGCAGUUGAUAAGGAUGGUUUCGUGCGGCUAUGUGUAAUGAAAAAGCGAGCUGCUAUAAAUUUUCUCACGAUAUCAUUGGAUAGAGCAACAGAAGAGCCGUACUUACCAGGGGGCGGACCCGAAAUAUACGUCGCAUAUCGGUUUGGUCGCUAUGUAUGCGUAGCCGAUUUUCAAGAUUACAAAAUGAUAGAUCUGAAGGAUAAAAAAAUGGUUACUAUUGCUACAUAUAACGAUCGAAGUCAAAAACGAAUGAGCAACCAUGUAACAUCAAUUAGACCGCUUAUUGCUGUAGCGACAGAUAGGGAAUUCUUGACUUUGGGUCAAUUUGUAACAUUUUCCGGUGAACCUACGCGUGGCGUUUUAACAUGGCCGAGCUUUCCACGAGCAAUAGGAGUUGAAUUUCCUUAUGUCGUUGCUCUGCUCCAAAACGACUCUAUUGAAAUUCACGACUUGAUAAAUCAGAAACCAGUACAGAUUUUUCAAAUAAAUCCGAGUGUGGAACCUCGAACUAUUUCGCGUGGAUCCGGCGUACGACUUUUAGUAACUGAAUUGCUCCAGAAGUUAAGUUGGGUACCACUUACACUCCAUAAAGACAAUGGAGAAUCAACAAAGACCGAGGGAACUAAAAAGGGGCAGCCGGAUGGGGCUAUGGAACGGGAGAAGAAUAAGAUUAUAAAGAAAAUUAGCACCGUACCGGCACAAGUUAUUCUUGGUGGAAAAGAUUCAAUUAUGGCGUUGGCGAAUAAGCCAAUAAUAGUUCAAGUUGAUCAAUUAUUAGAUGCUCAUCGCGUAGAGGAAGCUUUAAACUGGGCGGAAAAUCAUUCAAGAGACAACGCUGCACCCGACAUGCAUGACGCCCGAAUGCAACACGAACUAUUCUACACAUAUCAACGCGCCGGUCUCAUCUUUCUUGGAGAAACAUUAUUCGACGACGCAUUGCAAAUGUUCGAAAAAGGUCAUAUAGAUCCGCGACUGAUCAUUCACCUGUUCAAGGAUUUUCAAGAGUUCGUUGAUGAUGAUUCCAUUUACGUGUAUAGAGGUGUAAAAGACCUUGUUGAGCGUUUAGGAACGAUCGAGGAUAUUGUUUCUCAUAGUCUUUCUAAGAACUAUGAUCCACAUAUCAAGCCAAAUGCCUCAACAGCUCCCGAGACUCAAGAGCUCCGUAGGACUCUUAUAUUUAAUUCGAAAGUUAUAUUACAAAAAUUUUUAGCCAAAGAUCGAGCAAAUCGUACUAGUGGUCAUCGUCCUUUAAAUAAUGUUGAUAAGAAGAUAUUAAAGGCUGUCGAUAAUGUACUCGUGAAGCUGUACGCGGAAUCGAAUUCGAGAGAACCUUUAAAUGCAUUACUCGAGAAUGAAAACUUUUGUCUGUUGGAAUGGUGUGAGCAGGUGUUAUUAGAUACGAAGAAAUUCUAUGCACUGUCAUUACUAUAUAAAAAUCACGAAAAAUGGCGAAAAACUUUGGACACAUGGCAAAGAAUUUUGACUGAUGAGCUGCCAGAUAAUGAUUUUCAGAAUGGUUUGAAACGGAUGGGAGAUUUAUUGUCACAAUUGGAUGAUGCAGACUUGGUGUGGGAGUAUGCCAGUUGGGUGAUGCUUAAGGAUGAAGUUAUAGGCGCAAAGAUAUUUAUACGAGAUCCAAGGAAACCUCUUUUGGUUGAACCGACCAAAGUGAUAAAUGGAUUACGGGCUGUUGGUCAAGAUGGUUUAAAACUAUAUUUGGAAUAUCUGGUGAUACAACGUAGAAGUAAGGAUAAAGCUCAUCAGAUGGAGCUGGCUGAGAUACUUGCGUUAUUACCAGAUGUUUGGUCAGUAGAAAUGCUACAAAAAUUUCUUGUGCGUUCUCUUCGUCUGAGCCACCACGAGUAUCGAGAGGAACAGAUAUUAAAAGGAAUAAGUCGUGGAGAAAAUACGCUGGUAAAGCAUGAACUAUUUAAGGCGCGUGAAGAAAUUGGUCCCAUUGUGAUUACCACAAACCUUUCUUGUGCAAUAUGUCAGAAUCUCAUCAGUGAUUCUGUAUUUAUUCGACAACCAAACAGUGACAUUGUACAUCUGCAUUGUGGACAGAAUCCAGGAGCUCGUGCCGAAAAUUAG